ACUUCCAUUCCAAUUUCCCCACGAUCACAUUCACACUAUCACCACCUCCGCCAUUAAAACUCCCAUCCACUUUCUCUCUCUACAAUUUAUUCAAACCAAGAACUAGAGAGAGAAACUACUUAUAUUUUCUUUAAUUAAUGCUCUUAAACAUUUUUAUCAACUUACUUAAUACCCACCAAUCACUGGCUUUAUUUUAGUACUCUUCUUUAAAUGGGUACUCAGUAUUCUCUGAAUCACUAACCCAAAAUGUAAAAAGAUUCGAAUUUUCACCAUUUGUUUUUGCUUUUCUUGAAUCUUUGUUUCUUCUGUAAACAAAAAAUGACCAAGAACACAUCUCCACAAGACCAAGAAACAGCGACCCAUUUCAGUUUCUUGAAGAAAUUUAAACGGUUGAACCCUCUUGAACCGUCUUUAGGCAUUCUUGGGUUCUUUUUAGUUACUGUUUUGUUCAUUGGUUAUUUCUUUUACUUGGAUUACCAGUCUGUUGCUACUCAUGGGAUGCGUUACCAUGGGUUUUCUUGGCUGGGAAUGGGAUUGAUUACUUCAUCUUCAUCAGAGUUGGAUAGUGGUAUUGGACGGCCGGGAUUUCUUGAUAAACUUGGGGAUGGGUGUGAUGUUUUUGAUGGGAACUGGGUUUGGGAUGAUGGGUAUCCUUUGUAUCAGAGCAAAGAUUGCGCCUUUGUGGACAGUGGGUUCAGGUGCUCGGAGAAUGGACGACCUGAUAGUUUUUAUACUAAGUGGCGGUGGCAACCCAGUCACUGUAAUUUGCCCAGGUUUGAUGCUAAGGUGAUGUUGGAGAAAUUGAGGAACCGGCGGCUGGUGUUCGUUGGCGACUCCGUUGGAAGGAACCAAUGGGAGUCACUUCUCUGUAUGCUUGCCACUGCUGUUCCUGAUAAUUCUUCAAUCUAUGAGGUGAAUGGGAGACCAAUCACUAAGCAUAAAGGUUUUCUGGCAUUCAAGUUCAGGGAUUACAAUUGCACUGUUGAAUACUAUAGAGCUCCGUAUCUAUUGUACCAGGGGCGGCCUCCAGCGGGUGCUCCAGCAGAGGUGAAGAUGACUUUAAGGCUGGAUAAAUUGGAUUGGACAUCUCCGCAGUGGACGAAUGCAGAUGUUCUGAUAUUUAAUUCCGGUCAUUGGUGGAAUUACGAGAAGACCAUAAGAGGGGGUUGUUACUUUCAAGAGGGGGAGGAGAUAAAGAUGGAGAUGACUGUUGAAACUGCAUACCAAAGAUCUCUUGAAACUUUUCUUGAUUGGAUGCAUAAAAAAGUAGACUUGAACAAAACCCAAGUCUUUUUUCGAACCUAUGCUCCAGUUCACUUCAGUGGGGGUGACUGGAAGACUGGUGGUAGCUGUCACUUGGAAAAACUUCCUGAUUUAGGGUCAAUACCGAGUUCAUCGGAUUACCGUUUUGAUAUAUUUUUUGAUGUGUUAAAGCAAUCGAAUGAAUCCCAAUUGAACUUGGAGUUAUUGAAUGUGACAAACAUGGCAGCACGAAGAAAGGAUGGCCAUGCAUCUGUGUACUAUCUAGAGCCAGGAAUCGGUCCUGCUUCUCUCCACCGUCAAGACUGCAGUCAUUGGUGCUUGCCUGGUGUCCCUGAUUCCUGGAACGAGCUCCUGUAUGCACUUCUUCUCAAGCGGGAGACUGUCAAUGCUCGAAAUUCAACAGAAUCUUGUCAAGCUCCAUUGUGAUUGGGAUAUUGAGGGCUUUCUGAAUUUUCCAACAUGAUGAAGCUAGUGUACAGAAGAACACAAGUUCUUUACACCAAUGACCAACUAUCAGAGAAUCAUCAUCAUUACUCAAAGCUCGCUUAUUUUGACCAAUCGUAGGUUUCCAGAACUAACACUUGUGGAGAAUAAUUGGGUUGAACUGUUUCUUCUGGUGUGAACGUAUCGUGAUCGGUCAACAGAGAAGUCCGACAUGGUUAUAAAGGGGGCAGUUAGGGAGAUUUUGGCAACUGAUUUGUAAGUACAUAAAUUACAGGCAGAUGAAGCAAGGUUGAUAAUCAACAGGAGAUAUACAGAGGCGUAUUUAUUUUAAUUAUACAAAUUUCAAUUCAUUGAAAAAGACAGCAAGAGAGUAAAUUGUUGAUUUUGUCAUUUUUGUGAAAUGUACAUGUAGAGCAAAUGCUGAUACUUUUUUGUUAUUCCGUUUAGUUCUUGGUCAAGUAAUUUAUCAUUUCAGCUAUCA